CCAGUCUAAGCCUUGCCAACUAGUAGCCAAAUCACUUGUCAGUCUUCCAUGCAAGGUGGCAAGUCGCGACUUUUCUGUCGCAUGACGCGUUGGGACGAGGAGCUGCCGCCGGCUGCAAUAUGAAGCGGAAGGCCACACCAGAAUCACUCAACAGCCAAUCGAAACGAGCACCUCGACAGGAUCCUGUCUCUUGUGUAUCAUGCAGAACUAAGAAGAUAAAAUGCGAUCGACAACAACCAUGUGGAAGCUGCUCGAUACGCGGACUGCCCUGUAGGUACGAACGAUCAAGUGCCACCAGAGAAGACAGCAAAUUCCAAGAGACACAUCCAGCAGGCCAUGAAACAUCUAUCAUCACUCAGAAACCACAAGACAAUGACUCCCCUGUAACGAUAAGUGCCGUGGAAUCUCGAAACAACAGGGAAUUGAUGCAGACAGCCGACUGGCUUGAGAAUAUCCAUAUGGCGGCGAGAAUUCCGACGGUGACCCCACAAUGGCUGCGUGACGGACUUGGUGGGCCUCGAAGUAAUCGAACCCCAAGUUCAACGCCUGGAGCUGGCCUCUCCCCAUCAUCUCCGGCAUAUCCGUACAUGACAUGGUCUGCCUCCAAGGAGAAUCCAGCAACUAUCGAUGUGAGGUCCUAUCUUCCGAACAGAGACAAGGCCAUGGCACUGCUUCAGUACUAUAUCGAUUACGUCGGACCAUUGUAUCAUAUUAUUAUUGCAAGCCGCGUCAGAUCUCAGGUGGAUAAUAUCUAUCGCUCGGUCGAACUUGGAUCACCAAUUAUUCUAGAUCAGUUGGCUUUGCUUUUUAGCAUAAUGGCAAGCUCUCUUUAUUUGCAACUGUCUCUGGAGUCUUCCGCCGACGCCGAGGCAUGCAGUCGUGAGCUCUCAUACUUGACAGGUGCCACCUUGAUUCAGAGCAAUUAUACCGUCUCACCCACUAUCGAAGGGCUACAAGCUACUAUGAUCGUGAUGCACAAUCUCUGCACCUGGAAUAUACAGCCAUCUGUCAGCGCUCUUUUUGCUCUUGGGUCCAUUAUCAGUCAAGCGAAAAUCCUCAUGCUUCAUUGUGUCGAUCUACAGCGAUUGCGCGAAGAAAGAAAGGCGGUGGGCUAUGACUCAUUAGAAGUAGAACUGAAAAGGCGGCUUUGGUGGGACCUGGUAUCUUAUGAUUGGCUUCUAGGGAACCUGAGUGGCCCUCAAGAGUGGACUUACUCGAUACAACAGAACCAUAUGAAUGUUCAGCAGCCUUCAAACGUCGACGACACGAUCAUAGAGAAGGAAGGGGUUGUAUCCUCAAGGCCUGACUCCGUACCUACAGAUAUGUCCUAUGCCCUUCAGCGUCUCAAGCUGGCGGUUAUAUGCCGAGAGAUCAUUGAUGCAACAUCUUACGAUCAUCUUCAUGGUCAAGAACUGGACUACGGCAGAAUCCUUGAGCUGGACCGUAAAUUUCAUCACUUGAUCUCUGAGAUUCCCGAAUUCUUUCGCCUAGACCCUGGAUCCCGACGUCGAUUUGAGCCGAUUUACAAAGAGCGACCGGCAAUUGCAUGGCAGAAAUACGUUCUACAGCAAGGAUACUAUUCUCGGCUAUGUCGGUUGCAUCGACAUCACUUCAUUCGUGGCGCACGAGAGCCUUCCUACGCAUAUUCGCACGUCAUCUGCCUGCAAUCCGCUCGGAAAGUGCUCGAAAUUAAGAGAAUCAUGGAUGAAGGCGAUCUCGGCCGUCACCCUCCCAUCUCGGUUGUCUGGUCGGUGAUCCAUCACGUGUUCAUGGCUGCCGUGAUACUGCUGAUGGAUGUUUGUUUCAACUGGGAUGAUAUUCUGGCGGACAAGAGGAAAGAGGAAGUGCUCGAUGCCUGUCGCAUGCUAAGCAAGGCACACGAGUCAUCUUUACUGGUGCGAGAAGGAAUAAACGCCAUGAUGCGUGUGCUACAGAAACAUUGGAAGAGUGGGAAACAAUCAUUUGCCGCACAACCUGUCGAGAUGAGUUCAUCAGAUACUAUGCUUGCGCCUAGCUUGGUCGAAGAAUCGGCCUGCAUUGUUCCAGUCGCAUCCGGUGUUUACAAUAUGCCUUCCACGACGAUUAACGUGCAUGGUGAUUCAAUGGAGGCCGUAACCACAUGUUUAUCCGGUGACAAGCAACUCGAAGACAUUUGGUCAGAGAUGUUGGAAAGUGGUAACAACCUGGCGCUAGAGAGCUCGGAUUGGACCGAUCUGCUGAAUGAGUUGACGGACACGAGCCUGCCUCGCAACUGUCCUUUGACUAUCGAUUAA